CUUGAACAACCGUCAUACUUCUUCGAUUUCACUUCGACUGCUGACUUCUACUUUUUGCUGGCGAAACAUGAAGGGUCUGUCCUUGUCUCCUACUCAUCCUUCGGUUCUCUCGUUGAAGCCCGCUAUCGACCUUGGACCACAUAAAGAUGCUAUUUUGGAUGUCUUUUUCGCUUUUCUUAUCAUCGGAGGACACGUUGGUCUGCCAUUGGCUCUUACGACCAUGGUCAUCCUGAAAACAGUUGCUCAUCGUCAUCCAACACUCCUCAAUCUCUUGGCAUCGUGGAUUGUGUAUGCCACUGCAAAUUUAUUACUCUUAUACUCUGGCGAGGCGCGUAAGGAGUCACCAGAAUUCGGUGUUUGCUUAACUCAGGCUUCAAUGAUUUAUGGAAGUACGGUAGGGGUCGCUGCAGCAACGCUGGGUUUAGUCCUCCAGUUAUGGCUAGAAUUCAGGGGAAUGAGCCUUACAAAAGACUCUAGGACUAGUACUCUUACUAAUGUACAGUUAAUGUUAUUGCCUUGGGCCUCGUUCGCACUUAUCACAAUAGGGUCGGCAGUCUUUGGCGCCAAACAUCCUGACCUUGUGUCGAUUCAAUGGCAAUUCUACUGCACGUUGACCUCCAAUGCAGUUAUCUACACUGUUUGUACAUUUACGCUGGUCCUCCUUGCUCUCAUUCUAGGCUUUCAAGCUUCUGUACUCCGUACACUGUUCAAAGCGUCUCGGCAAUUCAGGGCGUCAAAUCAGAAUUCAUAUCAUUUGGUCCUACGGGUUGGGAUUUUCACAAUCUAUUCGGUUAUUACGUUCAUUGUUUCGAUUGUCAUAACACUUAAGCCAACGGCCACUUUUGCCUAUCUUUUCGUUUCCACUCUGCCUCUCGCGGCCUUCUUCAUUUUCGGCACUCAGAAGGAGAACCUUCGCUUCUGGUUCAGAAUCCCGAGGAAGCGGAGGUCGGACAGACAUAUACAGCUGAAGACGAUGCCAUCCAAGCCAGUAACAGUGCAACUGGCCGGAAAAUCUGGGCUUGGUUUGAAUUCAAAUGCUGACAAGCACGUCCCGAAGGUGCCCCCAGCGGAUGUUGAUGAAGAACAUGGCGGGGCCGAACUGGAUUUGGUGUAAAUAGCUCGCAGCCACCUCUGGGCAUCCAAUGGGAAAAUUAGCGAAGUUGAUGAAAGUGUAAUGUAAUACCGAUUGUUUGCACAAUGAAUGUAACUUCUAUGAAGGCUC